AUGCCAGAGAUUCAGGAGACCAUGAAGACACCAAUAAAUCUGUCCAUUAUGAUUUAUGAUUUGUGUCCAGGCAGAGCCCCUGCUACAAGAGCCCCGCUGAGUUUGUCUCAGACAUCCGACUAAUCUUCAGGAACUGUGCAGCGUUCAAUCAGCUAGCAAUACAGCACUAACUUGCCCCAGAAGAGUCCUCUUGCCUAAGGUUACACAAACAUGUAAAUUGCUCUGUUAUUGUGAGUGGACUAACUGUUUUACAGUGUUUCUGUCAUUUACAUUUUAGUUUUAGCAGACGCUCUUAUCCAGAGAUAAGUGUCCUCUCUCCCAUGUCAGGCUGACACUGAGGUUGCCCUGCAGGGAGAAACCUGGAGAGGUUCUUUGAGGAGCAGCUAAAGAGCCUAUACCCUAAAUGAAUGUUUCCAGAGGUCAAGUCUGAGGUCAUCAGUCCUGUGACCCUUCCCAUCUCUCCUCCCCCUCCCACAGCCCAUGAUGAGGAAUGCUCCCAGCAUGCAAAGUGUUAG